AUGCGCGGCUCUCCCGGUGCGCCGAGCUCCCCCCCUGCCCGAGACUACCGCUGUCCGGGGCUCCCGGUGUACCGAGCUCCCCCCUGCUCAGGGCUCCCGCGCUUCCCCCCGCCCCCUUCCGAGGACUCCCGGUGCCCCGGGGAUGGGCUGGGACCAUCCCCGGCGCACGGGCCCCCCUUUUUCUGCUUUCCACCAGCCGACAGCACGCUGAGCCGUCCCCGCUGCCGCCGCCGCCCGUCCCGUCCCGGGCCUCCCCCGCUGAAGCCGCCCGCCCUGGCGCUGAGCCGGGCCCGCCUGUGCCUGCCCCCGCAGCCCUGCCAGCCCUGCCUGCGGGUGCGCCUGGCCCUGCCCGCCGCAGGUGGGCUGGGGGGGGGUCUCGCCCUCCCACCCGUGUCAAUGCCCCACGCCGGUGUCUCGCAGGGCUCGGCGGGGCCUCCCGCUCGCUUCCCCCCGCCCCCUUCCGAGGACUCCCGGUGCCCCGGGGAUGGGCUGGGACCAUCCCCGGCGCACGGGCCACCCUUUUUCUGCUUUCCACCAGCCGACAGCACGCUGAGCCGUCCCCGCUGCCGCCGCCGCCCGUCCCGUCCCGGGCCUCCCCCGCUGAAGCCGCCCGCCCUGGCGCUGAGCCGGGCCCGCCUGUGCCUGCCCCCGCAGCCCUGCCAGCCCUGCCUGCGGGUGCGCCUGGCCCUGCCCGCCGCAGGGCUCGGCGGUGUCCGUGGGCUGCAGCUCAACUUCCUGGAGCUGGGCUCCAACCGCCCCGGCUGGCUGCAGGUGUGGCGGAGGCACUGGGCACCGGGCGGCUCGCCGUGGCAGGUCCAGUUCGACUGCUUCCCAGCGGAGAGCGGGCGGCGGGUCCUCGUCUCCCUCCGCACCAUCCCUGACCGAGGCUUGGCCAUCAGCCGCAGCUACCGUCUUGCUGCCCAGCCGCCCGGACCCGUCUUCACCCAUACCUGGGUCCCCGAGGAGCGGGCCAUCGAGGUGCAGGUGCCCGAGGGCCCUGCCCUGAUGGUGCGGCUGUGCCACCAGCUGGCCCUGGUGUGCGAGGAGCUGCCCCGGCCCUUCCACCAGCAGGUGCUGGUGCUGGGGGGCCACAGCGUCUCGCUGUCGUAUGAGUUCCUGGUGCCCUGCCUGUGCAUCGAGGCCUCCUACCCUGACCACGACAGCCCACGCAGCAAGCGCUGCCCCUUCCGUGACCAGCCAGCUCUCUAUGGCCCUGAGCUGUGGUCCUCGGUGCACUUCCACGACUACAGCGCCAGCAGCAAGGACCAGAUGGCAAUGGUGCUGAGUGCCAGCUGCCCCCUGCACCCCCAGGCCACCCUGUGCUGGAGGGAGGCAGCAGAUGAGACUGCGCCCUGUCACGAUGUCCCCAACUCCACGGCCAGUGAGGAGGAACAGGCAUACACACUGGACAAGGUGGACGUGCACCCCCAGCUCUGCUUUCGGUUCUCCUAUGGGAACAGCAGCCACGUGGAGUGUCCCCACCGACAAGAGACCGCCUGGAACGUCUCGGUGAGUGCCCGGGGGCUGCAGCUGCACCUGCGCCUCACCUCCAGCAUCGCCGCAGCCUUCACCGCAGCCCUCUGCCAGCAGCGGGGCGGGCACUGCGAGCCCGAGGCCCCCCUCUACACCGUCACCCUGCCGGAGGGCUCUGCCCCGGGGGAGCUGGCGCUGCUGCUGCCGGUGCAGGUCCUGGGCAGCUGCGUGCUGGUGUGGCGCUCGGAUGUGCGCUUUGCUCGGAAGCAGCUGCUCUGUCCUGACAUCUCUCGCAGGCACUUUGGGCUGCUGGGACUGGCACUGGUGUUGGGACUGGUGGUGACCAUGUUGCUCCUCAACUGCCGUGGAGGCUGGAGGCCAACUGCUGGUGCCCCAGGUGGGCGCCCGGUGCUGCUGCUGUACUCGCCGGACUCGGAGGAGCACCUGGGGCUGGUGUGUGCCCUGGCUGAGCGGCUGCGUGCGGGGCUGGGCUGCGACGUGCGCCUGGACCUGUGGGAAGCCGGGUGCGUGGGGCAGACGGGCGCCCUGCCCUGGCUCUACGCCCAGCGGGGCCGUGUGGGCCGCCAGCGCGGCACCGUCCUCCUCCUCUGGAGCCGGGGCAGCACCCAGCUUUUCCGCCGGUGGAGGGUCGGGGCGGCCAGCAGUGUCCCCGGGGACGCCCACGACAUCUUUGGGGCAGCCAUGGCCUGCCUGCACGGGGAGCUGGGGGCGGCAGACCGCGGCGGUGGCUGGGUGCUGGCCUACUUCAGCCGGCUCUGCAGCCCCCGCGAUGUCCCCCGGCCCCUCCGUCCCCUCCCCACCUACCGCCUGCCCCGCCAGCUGCCCGGGCUGCUGGGUGCCCUGCGGGGCAGCCCCCCGGCCCCCCGCCGCUGCGGUCGGGGUAGGACAGAGGGACUCCUGCACCGGCUGCUGCAGGCGGGGGCUGGGGGGGGCAGCCCCCCACCGCGGGACCCCGGAGCAGCUGCUGGCACCUGAGCACCCACGCCGGGGCUGAGCUGGGCAUUGC